CAUACUGUCCCACUCACUCAAAGACCUCAUACACUCACGCAGCGAUUUCAGACACUUAGACCAGCGCUUCGUCACACAGACUUUAUCAGCGCUUUUAUUGCCACAGGUUAUCCCAUUGUGUCUCUCUUUGUCUGGGCUGAAUCUCCACCGUCCGCUCUGGGACUUGGUUUGGCUCUACCGUCUCUCAACCCCUCCCCCCUACAGCACCCGGAGGGUGGGACAGACUUCUUGCUGACCCACAAUGUUUCUGGUUCUUGUUGUCACGCCGGAACUAAGGGAGUUCUUGGCCAGAGCAAGGGGUGGAGCUGUCCGCCUCAUCAAGGUGCGGAUCCAGGAUGAACAGCUGGUGCUUGGGGCAUUCAGAGAGCCGACACAGAGCUGGGACCAGGACUAUGACCACUUCCUACUUCCUCUGCUGGACGACCAGGAGCCUUGCUACAUCCUGUACCGCCUCGACUCCCAGAAUGCCCAGGGAUAUGAGUGGAUCUUCAUCUCCUGGUCUCCUGACCAAUCUCCAGUGAGACAGAAGAUGCUGUACGCUGCCACCCGUGCCACAGUGAAGAAAGAGUUUGGUGGUGGUCAUGUGAAGGAUGAGAUGUUUGGCACAGUGGAGGAGGACAUCUGUCUCGAGGGCUACCACCGUCACGUGUCCUCCAGCUCCGGCCCUGCCCCACUCACAGCUGCUGAACAGGAGCUGCGGAGAAUCAAAAUCAACGAGGGAAGGGUUAAGCAGGUGAAAACAGAGACCAGUGUGGAGAGUAAGCACCAAACACUGCAGGGCCUUGCUUUCCCACUGCAGGAGGAAGCCAAACAGGCACUACAACAACUUGCACAGAAAGGCAUCAACUACAUACAGCUGAAGUUGGACACAGAGAAAGAGACUAUAGAGCUGGUCCAUUCUGACCCGACAGAGACCCGUGAGCUGCCUUGCAGGGUUCCCACGGACACGCCCAGAUAUCACUUCUUCCUCUAUAAACACUCUCACGAAGGGGACUACUUGGAAUCUGUUGUGUUCAUCUACUCCAUGCCAGGGUACAGCUGUAGCAUUAAGGAGCGGAUGCUGUACUCCAGUUGUAAGAGUCGACUGCUGGAUGAGGUGGAGAAGGAUUACCAUCUGGAGGUUGCCAAGAAGAUGGAGAUUGACAGUGGGGAUGAGUUGACAGAGGAGUUCCUGUAUGAUGAGGUCCAUCCAAAGCAGCAGGCUUUCAAGCAGGCCUUCGCCAAGCCUCGUGGCCCAGCAGGGAAGAGAGGCAACAAGCGUCUCAUCAAGGGCCCAGCGACUAGGGAGAGCAGGCCGGAGAGCUAGAGAGAGGGACAGAGGUCGUCUCGGCAGCCCUUCCCUGAAUCUUCCUCCUGUUGCCACGUCCUCUGGCAGCUUGUUUGGCCACGAAGGAGGAAAAGGAGAAGAACAUGGAGGGAUUUCUGUCAUUUUUUAUUUCCCCCUGCCUUUGCUUGUGUUUUAACAAUGUGUCAAUAAUGUAUGUGCUAUUCAUGAACAUCAACUAUAGCAAUGGUUCCCAAACUGUGGGGGAGCGAAAGGUCAGCAUGGGGAAGAAGAGGGGUCGGCAGAGGGAACUCACUCCGGCUUUCAACUUACUCCAAACUUACUCUGCAGUUUCGAUAUUGGGUAGUGCAUCAGCAGAAUGUGUAGAAUUGCAGGAAAUUUGUUUUAAAAUGACAACAUUUUCUCUGCAUCCCAUAACAAAAUGUAUAGAAUUAUGGGAAAUAAGCUUUAAUCCUACAAAAUUUCAUGAACAUUGCUUGUGCCCAUAGAAAUAGAUGUGGCUUGCUUGUGCGAUGGGG